UGCCUAAACACCAUCCACCACCGGAAUCCAGUUGGUAAUUCACACCAUAAUUGAUCCGCCACCUCUUUUUAGGUCUUCUUCACCUCGCCAUCUGCUCUAAAGUGGUCAGAUUUCUGCUUCUUUCCUUCGGUAUUUAUUUUUCUUUCUAUCCACUCCCUGGAAUUCGUUCUCACAGAUUUCUCUCCUUUUCUCAAAGAGCUUUGCUUCUCUUAGUCCCUUGUCGACGACCUUUUGCUCGAAAUUCCAUAUUUCUUGCGGCCUGAUGUGUUAAUUGUAAUUGAUUACUCCUUACUUUCUCUCUCGGGAAAAUUUUGCAGUCCCACUCGAACAAUUACCCGCGAUUUCGGUAUCCUGUUUUGCUCAUCCGGUUUUUAUCUAAUUUGGAUUGGUUGUUCAUAGACUAGCAUGUGCUGAAUGAGAUUUGACAGUUUGUUCGAAUUCUAGGAAGGCCGCUGCAUAACCAUUCAGUUUGGAUUUUGUUGCCAUCUUCUCAUUCGUGUAGUGCUCUAACACUAUGAAUUGAUUAAACAAACAGUUGAGAAUCUAACAGGGGCCUGACACUUCAAUUAGAUUGAUAGAUAGUACUUGCAUGGAUAGAUAGAGAAUCAUGGCGACCGAAGGCCGGCCUUUGUCUUCUGCUUCUUGGGAUUGCGGUGGAGAAUUGCAGUUCUAUGGCUAAUUGGGAGUUGUCGACCGAUUGAUCAUUUAGUUUAACGGUUGAGAAUCUUCACCGGAAGAUACUGCGGAAUUGUUAACAUGCUUCCAGAAACUGAUAGGUCCAAGGAAUUGCUCAAACUUCCAUAUUUGGCCCAAUUCGCCUCUGAUAAUUUUUCGAAGAAAAGAGAGGAGGAGGAGGAGGAGGAGGAAGAAGAAGAAGAAGAAGAAGAAGAAGAAGAAGAAGAAGAAGAAGAAGAAGAAGCAGUUAUGAAGAUCAGAUCCAGCGGAGGAGGUUAUGAUUGUUCCAAACGCUGCAGCCGCGAAGGAUCAUAUGAUUCUUCUCUUAUCCCUGGUCUACACGAUGACAUUGCUCUGACCUGCCUUGCUCGAACACGCCAAUCAGAUCAUGCUUCACUGGCCUGCCUUAACAGGAGGUUUAGGUCACUGAUGUCAAGCGGCUACCUGUAUGGAUUAAGAAAGCAGUUGGGCAUCAUUGAACAUCGUGUCUACGUCGUCUGUGACCCCAGAGGGUGGGAGGCUUUCGACCCUAUGAGAAAGAAAUGGAUGAGAUUGCCAAAGAUCCCUUGCGAUGAUUGCUUCAAUCACGCGGAUAAGGAAUCGUUGGCUGUGGGCAGCGAAUUAUUAGUUUUCGGCCGAGAAUUGUUGGAUUUUGCCACUUGGAAGUACAAUUUGGUUAGUCGGAAUUGGAUCAAGUGCCAGGGUAUGAACCUCCCUCGAUGCUUGUUUGGUUCUGGUAGUUAUGGUUCGAUUGCCAUUGUUGCAGGGGGCAGCGAUAAGCAUGGAACUGUCUUGAAAUCUGCUGAACUUUAUGAUUUGGAGUCGGGUAGAUGGGAUCUGUUGCCAAAUAUGAUUUCUCCCCGCAAGCUCUGUUCUGGUUUUUUCAUGGAUGGAAAAUUCUACGUGAUUGGUGGGAUCUCGAGUCCCAAUGUGGUAUUGACCUGCGGGGAGGAGUUCAAUCUUCAGACAAGGAAGUGGAGGAAAAUCGAGGGGAUGUACCCAAAUGUCAUUAAUGCAUCUCAGGCGCCUCCACUUGUAGCUGUUGUGAAUAACCAACUCUAUGCAGUCGAGCACUCCACCAACAUGGUGAAGAAGUAUGACAAGGAGAAGAACACUUGGUCUGUGUUGGGACGGCUCCCUCUUAGAGUUGAUUCUUCUAAUGGCUGGGGCCUGGCUUUCAAGGCCUAUGGAGAUGAACUGCUGGUUGUAGGAGGUCAGAGGAGCCGAGAAGGCGAGGGAAUUUUGUUGAGCUCUUGGUCUCCAAUGUUGGGUCUCAAAAAUGGGAUUUUGAACUGGAAGGUGCUUGAUGUAAAGGAGCAUGUUGGUUUAUUCGUUUAUAACUGUGCUGUCAUGGGCUGUUGAAUCUUUUUCUUCAUUCUUCCCAACUGAAGAAAUGAACAUCUUCAAUCUAGCAGAUCCUUGUUGCUGUUCCACCCUUUCUCAUUGACCAGAAUAACUGACUGUUUAAACAGUCUCCCCUGAGUUGAACAUUUUCUCUUCUUUUCCUGUAACAAUUUCUAUAUUUGGAUAUGGUGCUCGAUGCCCAAUUCAGCAUUCUUUUGCUUUACAAGAGACCACUACCAAGUACUGAUUCUCUGGUAAUGUCCUAAUUCUGCCUUUGCUCUUUUUUUUUC